AUGGUCUCCAUGAUCGUCGCUGGCGCCACUGGCGCCAUCGGCCGCACCGUCGUGCAGCAUGCCAUUCAACAGCCGUCAAUCGACUGCGUUGUGGCGCUGACGCGGUUCAAGAACACCACUGUGUCGAACUACGAAGCCCUCUUCGGUAUUACCGUCGCAGGUGAGGCAGGCAAGACCGACAGCCACGGCGAGGGCGCCAACAGCAAGAGGGAAAAGGGCAGCAAGUCUCCUCCUGGCACCAUCAUAGCCACACCCGCGGAGGCUGCCAAGAUCAGGCCUAUUACCAUGGACUGGGAAGAGUUCACGCAGCUGUGGGUGGCGAAGCGCAGCAGCACCAGCGCUGCCGCUAGCGGGGCUGAUAACCGUGCCACAGGUGCCGCACCCACUGCCAUCGCAGAUCCCACGGAGAGGUACCGGGGCAUCUUCGGUGGUCACACGUACGCCGUUAUGUGCCUCGGCACAACCCGCAAGGACGCUGGGAGUGCCAAGAGCUUCACUCGGUGCGACUAUGACUACGUGAUGGCCUUCACGGAGGCUGUGCUGACGUACUCGGCGCCGGCUGGCCUGUCACCAGACAAGGCCUUUGUGCACCAUAUCGGUGACGAGGGAGUCUCGAAGCAAGUGCACGUGCAGGAAGGCAUGGGCAGGGAGGUAGACGUGCUUGCCGUCGUGAAGGACAACGCUGCCCAGUCGUCUGGCACACUUCGCGUCUUCUGCCAGGUCAGCUCCAGCAGCGCCAGCAGCAGCUCAUGGCUCCUUUACAUGAAGACAAAGGGCAUUGCGGAUGAGUCCACGGUGGAGCGGGUGCACCAGCACAACAAGCUCACCACCGCUGCCGCGGCGCUGUCACCGGUGAAUCUUCUCUUGCUUCAGCCGGGGCUGCUGGAGCGCCAUGAGAAGACCCGAGCCACCGAAAUGUUUGCCAAGCUCAUCGUGUCGUCUAUCCCAGUCGAGACCUGCGGUGCCGCCAUCGUGUCGGCCUGCAAGAGCGUGCCGAUCCAGCACAGCGUGCAACGCGCAGAAACGCCCUCUGCAACCGAGCAGGCGAAGCGCGACGAGGCGGAAGGGGCGCCGCUGGGCAAGCCAUACAUGCCGGCUAAGGCCCUGCGCAAGGCCGGCAUGCCGUCCAACGAGCCGCUGCCGUAUAUUUACGGGGCGAACAACGCGGUGAUCAGGGACUUGGCAUCCCGGUUGACGGCCUAA